AUGUUGAGGGUGAAGGCAGUGGCAGUUCUGCAGGCGCUUUCUGUAGCAGAGAUCACCAGUGCUUGUUUUGAUUCAGCCAACCACAUGGUGAAAUGUGACCUUCAUCAUGGCAAACACAUGGCUUGCUGCCUGUUGUACCAUGGUGAUGUGGUUCCCAAAGAUGUCAGUGCUGCCAUUGCCACUAUCAAGACCAAGCACAGCAUCCAGUUUGUACACUUUUGCCCCACUGACAUCAAGGUUGACAUUCAUUACCAGCCUCUUUCUGUGGUACAUGGUGGAGACCUGUCCAAGCUACAGCAAGCUAUGUGCAGGCUGAGCAAUAUCACAGCCAUUCUUGAGGCCUGGGCUCAACUGGACCACAAGUUUGCCCUGAUGUUUGCCAAGUGUGCCAUUGUUCGCUUGUAUGUGGAUGAAGGAAUGGAGACAGGAGAGUUUUCUGAGGCCGGUGAGGACACAACUGUCCUUCAGAAGAAUUAUGUGGAGGCUGGUGUGGAUUCUGUUGAAGAGGAGGGUGAGGAAGGAGAGGAAUACUAAUUAUCCAUUUCUUUCAACCCUGCAGCUUGUCAUACUCCCAAAAUUUCAGCUUCUACAUUAGCUGACAGGCUUUCUGG